AUGACGCGCUAUCUGAAGCAAGCUCAAGCUGUCUCGGCCAAUAGCCAGUCUAGCCAGGUGCCUUCGAUUGUCAGCGGUGUCAUUGCGGAUAUUCGAGCCAACGGCGACACAGCCGUCCGCAAGUACUCCGAAAAGUUCGACAAGUGGUCCCCAACAUCAUUCCUGCUGUCUCAGCAGCAGAUUGAUGAAGCUCUGGCCAAUGUUUCUGAUCAAACAAAAGAUGACAUUCGUCAAGUUCAGGCAAAUGUGCGCAAGUUUGCCACUGCCCAGCUCAAGUCUAUCAAUGACUUUGAGAUCGAGAUGUCUCCGGGCGUCCACCUGGGACAGAAGAACAUUCCCAUCUCGUCCGUCGGCGCAUACAUUCCCGGGGGAAAGUACCCUCUCCUCGCGUCUGCCCACAUGACAAUCUUGACUGCCAAGGUCGCAGGCGUCAAAAACGUCAUUGGCUGCACCCCUCCUAUCGCAGGCAAGAUCCCAUAUGCCACAAUUGCAGCGAUGCAUUAUGCCGGGGCCGACCAAAUCUAUCUUCUUGGAGGUGUCCAAGCAGUAGCAGCAAUGGCCGUCGGCACCGAAACAAUCCCCAAGGUUGAUUUCAUCGCUGGUCCCGGUAAUGCAUUUGUAGCUGAGGCGAAACGUCAGCUCUUUGGCGAGAUUGGAAUUGAUCUGUUUGCCGGUCCAACUGAGGUUCUCAUCGUUGCAGAUGACGCGGCUGAUCCUUUCACCGUCGCAACUGAUCUUCUAUCACAGGCGGAGCAUGGUAUUGACUCGCCUGCUGUCUUGAUCACAACUUCCGAAACAGUAGCCACCGAAACCAUGCGGUAUAUCGAUCGACUGUUGCUAAAAUUGGAGACUGCAAACAUUGCAGGCGAGUCCUGGAAGAACUUUGGCGAGGUUGCGAUUGUAGAUGAUCUCGAUCAAGCGUAUAAGCUUGCCGACGAGUAUGCAUAUGAGCACGUUCAGAUUUUGACACGACAGCCUCGUGAGGCCCUUGAAAAGAUGCGGCACUACGGUGCCUUGUUCCUCGGGGAGAAGACCUGUGUUUCGUACGGCGACAAGGUCAUUGGAACUAACCAUGUCCUACCUACUCGGAAAGCUGCUCGGUACACUGGUGGGCUAUGGGUCGGCAAAUUCCUCCGUACCGUCACCUAUCAAGAAGUCAGGUCAGCAGAAGCAAGUGGCCAACUUGGCGAACUAUGCGGAAGAGCUGCACGUGCCGAGAACUUCGAGGGACAUGCCCGCUCCGGAGACUUGCGUGCCCAUCAGUAUCUCAAUAAGGAUUACAAAUGGAUUAAACAUGGCCAGGGUGACGCGCAACAUAAUCUGUGA